AAUAAAAACGGCAAAUUUCUUUUUCUUUUUUUUUGUCUGAACACAAAAACGCAAACUUUAUGCACAACACAAACUACUAAAAUCUUUGAACAGCAAACAAAUAAAUAUUCUCGAAAAAACAAAAAAAUUCGACAUUUCUCUCUCUCUCUGUUUCGAUCAUGACACCAAUCUAUCAAUUCUUCAUCUUUUGGUUCUUCUUACAUUUCUCUGAAAUCUCCGCAGAUAACAACAAGAAUCUCAUCUUCAAAGGUUGUGCAAACCAGAAAUUCCCAGACCCAACCGGUGUUUUCUCUCAGAAUCUCAAAACUUUAUUCACUUCCUUAGUCUCUCAAUCAGCACAGACUUCUUUCGCGUCAACAACCGCCGGAACCGAUAACGCAACCGCCGUAAUCGGCGUUUUCCAGUGUCGCGGCGAUCUCACCGCCGCUCAGUGCUACGAUUGCGUCUCCAGAACCCCAAAACUCGUCUCUAAGCUCUGCCGCGGCGGCGGUGACGACAGAAAUGUUGUGGUGGCGGCGCGUGUGCAGCUCUCCGGUUGUUAUCUCCGGUACGAAGUCUCAGGGUUCCGGCAGACUUCCGGCACUGAGAUGCUGUACCGUGUCUGCGGGAAAAAACACUCCGGCGAUCCUGGUUUCUCCGGGAAGAGGGAUACAGCGUUUGGGAUGGCGGAGAACGGUGUGAAAACAGGAUCAUCCUCCUCCGGCGUCGGCGGCGGCGGCGGAGGAGGAGGAGGAGGGUUUUACGCGGGGCAGUAUGAGUCGGUAUAUGUGUUGGGACAGUGCGAGGGUAGUUUGGGAAAUUCAGAUUGUGGAGAAUGUGUGAAAGAUGGAUUUGAGAAAGCCAAGAGUGAGUGUGGAGAUUCAAUCUCUGGUCAGAUUUAUCUUCAUAAGUGCUUUGUUAGCUACAGUUACUACUCUCAUGGCGUUCCAAACAUUUCUUCACUUUCAGAUGGAGAGAAGAGACAACACACAGAAAGAACAAUAGCUUUGGUGGUGGGAGGAGUUGCAGUAUUAGGGUUUGUGAUUGUUUGUUUGUUGGUUUUGAAAUCUGCUAUGAAGAAGAAGAGUAAAUAUGAUGGUUAUUGAUUUUACCUACAAAAUUUAAUGAUUAGUACGAUAGUAGUAACUAGUAACCUGUCAAAUUGUAGAUUCAAGAUCAACUAUGAUAUUUGAUUUGAAUAAUGAAGAGAUUGGCCAACUUA